ACGUCACUUCUUUAUCAGUGAACGUCUCGUCGCGUGUGACAAAGCAACGAGGACCAGAAUGUAACAGUCUAACACUAACGAUACUCUUGUCACGACAUCAAACUUUGAUAAACGAGCCGUAAAAUGUGAGUGUUUUCGUUUUUUAUUCUUAAAUAUCGAGAGGUUGUUAGAUCUUUGACGCCAUGUCAUGAAUUACAACGGGUCCUCCUGGAACUAAAAUGUCUAGUAAGUAGAUUUUCCGUUAGUUCACGUGGAAGGUACUUAACGAACGCAGAAUUCCGCGCCCUGGUUUGCCAAUGGAAUCUAUUAUUAACUAUACAAUCUCGCAUGUCCGUCAUCAACCCGUCUUCCUAACCAACGAGUCUACGAUCCCCAAGAAGCAGGAAAGUUCCCGUAUGUCCAACUGGUGGAGAGACCAUUUGCAAGUGGUCCCCGAAUGGUCGCAGGUAUCUGAACACUUUCAGUGGUCAUGGCAACUCCACGUCUACGGUUUAGCCUGUCUGUUUCUAGUGCUGACUUGUGUAGCGUUCUUUGCUAUUCUCAGUCUACGAGCCCAGCUCUUAGCGAGACCCAACCUCUCCACUCUUAACGUCUUUCUCUGCCUCCUUGGAGCUUCGAGGGCUUUAGGGCUCUUUAUCGAUCCUUACGGUUCAAAAGAGAUAAUGCCUGAGGUGAUCACUUAUAUUCUGUGGGACUUGGCCUUCCCCUCUUUACUCUCGGCCUUCUCUUUAUUGCACCUAGCGUUUCAACAGGUCACCCAGGUGAAGCUAGUGCCCUCUAGGUUGGGUAACGAGAUGUGUGUUUCGGUGGUAAUAACUUCACAUUUUUGUCUUGUCAUCUCUUCGGAUAUUCUAUGGACAUUACAAAAUUCGCUUAGGAUGGUGUGGUUAGUAACACAAGCACUGUUUACUGCCUGGGGAGUGUACCUUUGCACAGUCUUCUUUUGCAAGUGUUUGAUCUUAUUACGUUCACUCGCUAAACUACCCACUGUCUUCUUGUCACGAGCGGACUCCACGAGCUAUGACAACAAAGGUGUUAUUUCGCUCGGCAAGUUGACCAAACAAGGCGAUUCUUCGUCAAACGGAGGAUUGACCACCAGUUGUCCGAAGUCUACUCGUUUUACCCCGAAAAUUCGCAUCACAGAUGAAAACGAACAGACCUUUAGUUACGUGAGCGAUACGUCCCAACACAACAGCACAGAUGUUCCCGUUAGUGAUGCGCCAGCUGACAAACAUCCGGCCCCCUGCUGUAACAUACGUAUGAUGUUCAAACAUACGGAUGGGUGUGACUCCCCUCGAGUUUGCCCUUCGAGCCCCAAAUUGAGAAAGAGCUCUCCAAACCACCUACUCGGCAGUCCGAUCACAUCACGUGAUACGAUAAUUCAAUGUCAGCCAUUAAUGGAUUGUCAAAUAAAGGAAUUCAAAAAAAGUCAUCGCAAACAAUCAGACUUGGAGGAAUUAGGGCCCAUUUUACCCAAGACGCAACAAAUGGCCCCGUCAUCGCCAACUUCAUCAACUAAAGGGAAUGACGCCUGUUACAUUUCAACCCGAUGCAGUGACGACUUCCAAUUCGAUGCCCACAAGUUGAAACCCAACAAAAGAAGCAACAUAGAAAAACUGUUGAGGAAGAUGGUUCUGGCUGCAGUUUUAGGUUUAGUCGUAUGUGUUCUUCAAGUUUACCAGUUGGUUGGACCUCAUGGCCUCUCCUCGAAACAUCGAAAUGCUGCCAUCGUUCCAUGGUUUUGUUAUCAAACUGUAUACAGGAUUAUAGAAUUUUUGAUGGGCUGCAUCUUGGCCACGAUUACUAAACAGUCACUUCACCCUCACUGUUGCCAUCUGUACUCGCACACAGACUGCAAGUGGAGUAACUCUGUCUUCUCGUAACUUGUCUUAGCUUGAAGCCAGAUAACUUUGGUGAUAACAGUCUCUCCAGACACGGUAUGUGAUUACCACGUUGAAAGAAAGCCUUUGGAGCGACUGAUUAUUUUCUUUCUUAUUUUCCCUCGCACCUUUCAGUUUAUCCUAUUACUGCAGUAUAAAGGUGGCGGAAUUGUUAACCAUCUAGACAGAGUUUGUCUGUUUUACCAGUGACAAGUGAUAGCUUUACUAAACAUUCUCCCUGUUCAGACUACCAUGUUGACAACUGUCAAUAUUGUUAACGGCAUCUCUUUACAGCUGUUUUGAUCUCAUCUUUCCAACCACCAGCACUGUACCCUCGACAGAUCAAAACCCCAUGCAUCUUUCUCCAUACGACCAUAACACGAAAUCCAACGAGUCCGAAAUAAUCUGUUUUUACAUAUUCUGGAUAAGAAGGUUUAAAAUCAAAUAUGAUGGAAGUAUUUAUUUUAUCUUCUUAAUUACAUGUGUUGCUUUCCAGAAUCGGUGGCAUCUACUUAAUAUUUGUGCGACACAGAACAGAUUCAGAGAUUAACAUAG